AUGACGGGGAGAUCCACCAGUCCCGAGCUGGUGAGAUCUGCCUGUCGAGCCAGCAGCGGACCCAUCCAACUGUGGCAAUUCCUGCUGGAACUGCUCACUGACAAGUCCUGUCAGUCCUUCAUCAGCUGGACGGGUGAUGGCUGGGAAUUCAAGCUUUCUGAUCCAGACGAGGUGGCCAGGCGAUGGGGCAAGAGGAAAAACAAGCCCAAGAUGAACUACGAGAAGCUGAGCCGCGGCUUGCGCUACUACUACGACAAGAACAUCAUCCACAAGACGGCCGGGAAACGCUACGUCUACCGUUUCGUCUGCGACCUGCAGAGCCUGCUGGGCUACACGCCCGAGGAGCUCCACGCCAUGCUGGACGUCAAGCCCGACGCCGAUGAGUGAAGACGGGUGGGCCAGGGGGAAGGAUCACCCCGUGUCGUUUCGAAGAGUCGAUGGGACUUUUUCUGUUGGUUCUUUUUUUUUUUUUUUUUUAAUUUUUUUUUU